CAAUAUGGAAAAAAAAAAGUGAAGAAGGGGAAGACAGCAUGGGAGGAAGUCACCCUAAACCCGAAAUCGACACCAUUACAGUCCCACCAACCAUCCCUGAGCCUUGCCACCUCAAUCUUCCCAAAAAAGAACAUUUAAUCUUGGCCUUUUUUGCUGGAGUUCUACUGACUCUGCUGCUGCUAGCCUUUGUCUUUUUCAUCGUGAAGAGCUGCAGAAGGUGUCAUUCCAGUUCCCAGACCCUGGAUUCUGGCUCAGAUCCUCCUGCUAAGCUUUCAACCAUACAAAAAGACUCACCUACCUAUGCCAGCAUGACUUUCAGACCUUCAGAAGAAAAGAACAAUCACUUGAUUGAAAACAGCUCAACAGACCUGGAUCCUAUUGUAUAUGCCCAGGUUAAAGUGACAAACUCACAGCUGCCUCCUCAAUGAGCCUUUAAUUCCUCUCAGUCCUCCUCUUUUUUUUUCUUUUUACAAAUUUGGGCUCACAGCCUGUAUGUGAAAGUUCAGAAUUGUUUAAGCAUCAUCUGGCAAUACUAUCAUAGUUUUGAGUACCAAUGGUGGAUUGUUUUCUUGGCCAGAGAAAAGAUUGCUGCCUCCCUACUUGAACUGACAUCUGAUGGCUCCCUGAAGGUCUUUCUAGUACCCUUCCAAAGUAUGUGUGACAGAACUUAGUACAAUGUGUCCCUAGCUCACUGAUCAUCCAUGGAGUAAUUAACGAAAUGAAUAAAAGCAUCUUUCAAGUAAAAGGCACAAA